AAACUACGACUGGCGGCGGAAGCGAAUAAUUUGAGUUUAUAAGAUAAGGACGAGACGUUGUAUGUUGUAGGAAAUACAGUCAGUAUACGAGAGGAAGAGGAAGCGGGCGAGGGAUAUUCUAGAAGUGAUGCACUUCUAUCCAACCUGAUGGCCCUCGAAAUGGCGGAGACAGCUUUCUUCUCAUCGUCUUCCUGGAGAGCUUUUACAGCCGCCUCCAACAGAGCAAUGUGUUUUGGAGGUCUAAUUGGACUCGGCGGGGUUCGCUUCAAUUUUAAGACCAGUAUACUAUGAAGCCGUUCGUGUCUCUCAGCAUUGGGGAUUACGAGCAACUGAAACAUAGGGUUCAGUGGAUGAGUGAUUGUUAUUAGAUGAUAACGAUCACCUUGCAAGGUGGUGCUAUUGGUGUCAGAAUGGAUAAAAAAGGUUUUAGGAAAGAACUAGGAGUUGUUGGCUUGAUGUUAAUCCUCUUUGUUAUGCUUCUGGAGAUGUCACAUGCAAGUGUUGUCUUGAUCGGGAGCAACAAGUCCUUUACAUUUGAUGACCUUGAGGCAAGCUUUGGUAGUAUUUAUUUUGGAUAUGAUGCCUAGUAUGCCAGCAAUGAAGAAUUACAAUUUUCAGAUGGAAAUAUUGCUUCAUAUGGACACAGAGAAUUGAAAUAAUAUUUGUAUGGCAUAAGUUGUUGAUGUGUAAUGAGGGUCUUUCUUAGAGUCUUCUUGAAGUACAGAAAAAUCUCUACCGGAAAGCAAUGGUGGGGUGUUCAUUUCUUGCAACUAAAGGAUCAGGACUCUGCGGGAUACUUCAGGUAGCAGAACCAUCUGAUGGAUGUUCUCCACUGAGAAACAAAGGAGUUUCAGGAGAUGGCCUAGACUCACCAUUUGCAUUGAUUGAAAGAGGUAAAUGCAGCUUUGAGAGUAAAAUUCGAAAUGCACAAGGUGCAGGCUUUAAAGCAGCUAUCGUCUACAACAAUGAAGACAGCAAUGCUUUGGUUGCAAUGGGUGGGGACUCCAGGGGUAUUACAAUAUAUGCAAUAUUUGUCUCAAAGGCAGCUGGUCAAGUGCUCUUGAGAUAUGCCGGAGAUCCAAACAUGGAAUGUUGGAUUAUUCCCUCCCUUAACACAUCAUGGGCAGUGAUGAUAAUCUCUUUUGCCUCUCUGGUUUCCAUGGCUACUCUUCUUGCAAUCUGUGUUUUUAUACGGAAAUAUUGGCUACUGCAUGGCAGAAGGGUGAACCCACACCAUCCCCGGUUACAUGGUAUGAGUCGUCGGCAAGUGAAAGCUUUACCAAGUCUGAUAUUCACAUCAGUUACUGAUGACAACUGCACGUCAGAAACCUGUGCUGUAUGUCUUGAAGAUUAUAAUUCUGGAGAGAAAUUACGUGUCUUACCUUGCCGCCAUAAAUUUCAUGCUCUCUGCAUAGACUCUUGGCUCACAAGAUGGCGGACAUUUUGCCCUGUAUGCAAACGUGACGCAAAACAUGUAACUGUAGUAGAUCCCCCAGUGACAGAGAACACCCCACUUUUGUCUGGAAAUUCUUUUAUCUCUUCUCAGAAUCAAUCAGCACAGUCAUCCUUUAUAGGAUCUCCAUCUAUGCAUAUACCUUCAAUUUCACUGCUUGCUCAUGCUGAAUCAUCACAUUCUCAGUAUUUCUCCAGUUUGAGCAUAAACACUGGAAACAUUGGAAAUGCAUCUCUCCUGCCCUGCAGUGUUCAAUCUGCAAUAAUUUCAUCACAAAGUUCUUUGUGUGGAUCUCCACAAAUUGAUUCUUCAUUCACUCUUCCCCCACCCAUUCCAUCUUGUAGCGGGUCAGUGGCUGUGAUAUCCCCAUUUAAUUCAACACAUUCUUUACCAGGAUAUCAGGAAUGUUGUGUAUAACUAUCUAGGCAUUAGAACAAAUGACUUUAUAUUGUGCUCACUUUUCAAGUGUGAGGCACAGAUCUGCCAAUGGUUAUUUGUGCCAACUGGCCUUCGGCAUAAUGCUUGAGAUGUUCUUUCCAGCCCUGGCAUUCAGCAGUAAAUUGUCCAAUCUUUCUGUAAUGGCUCUGUAAUUCAUGUAUUUAUAAUUUUAAUUUGAUAAUAUGUGUUCUUAAUCCA